AGAACGAGUAAAAGGUUCGUCUAAAGCGUCGGAUAGAAACGAGACGUGUUUGAGUUUCGCCGUAAGGUCGCGUUUUAAAGGGAGGAAUAAUCGAUUGCGUUUCAAACGUUCGUCGAAGCACCAGCCUCGAUCGAACGACCAUUUCCUGGUAAAACGAACCAGCUGGUUUCUCGUGCCCGUUCUGCUUUUGUUUUCUCCUAGAGGAAGGGGUGGGGAGAAAGGGUGUUAGGUAGAAGCUUCAAAGGGUGCCACGAGGGGAGAGGAGAAUAAAUAAUAAUAAUGAAAAGUGCGUCGGAGAGGUGCGACAAGGAGAAUCAACGGCCCACGGAGGCGAGUCACGAGGCGGAGGAAAACGCGCAGGAUGCCCAGGACGAAGAUGUGAUGUCACCGAGCAACAAAAGCGCGGACGAGGCUGCAAACGAUGCAUUGUUGGAGAAGCUCCGAAGUUGCGUGUCCAAGCCGCAGGAGGCCGAAACGUUCAGGCAUAUCGCAGCUAAGAUUCAUGCUCGCGUCACGUCUUCAGAUCGACGAGUACGCGAGCGAACGCUGGAGAAAUUAUGGCGCAAGAAUUCCGGGGCGAUGGAAAUAUUCAUCGCAACGCUGGAGAACUGCAAGGAUCACGUGAUAAACUGCAGUAUCGCAAGCAUACUACACGAAUGCAUAUCACCGCGCGUCGCUAAAGGGAAGACUAAAGGGAGCAAGAACAAAAGUGCGACAAGAUCCAGCAGCCGAAUGGCAGUGAUGCAGCUAAUCAAUUUAGGUGUCACGCAAGUCCUAGUUAAGCUUUUGGUUAACCUGCAACACGCGGACACCAUUUCGAGCGAGGUCCUCACGCAGGAGUUGCUUUGGAUUUUGGGCCAGGUGGCCCAGAGGGACCAGAAGUUCGUGUCGAAGAUGAAGAUGUUGAACACCGUGAAAGUGUUCCAUACACUUCUUAAGCAACACUACAACAAUAGCAAGACCCUGUUACCAUUACUGUUGAUCGUCAAGUGUCUCGCCAGAAACUCAUACUCACUCCAAGUGUUGGUGAAGGACGGAAUAGCCAGCACGUUGGAGAAAACGUUCGUCUGCGUUGGUUACAUGCCUCACCUGAAACUCAGAUCGUUGUUGGAGUGUUUCAAAUAUUUCACAACGAGCAAACUUUGUUGCACGAAAUUCGCGAAGGUGGGCCUGGUGCAUCUGUUGAUGAGGAUCUUCGAGAGAUGGGAACGUUUCGACGGUCCGUUGAGAUUGAAGAUUUGCAAUUGCGCCCUGAUCACCUUGCAGCAUCUGUGCGUCAUAAAAGCCGGCAGGAAGGCUAUCAAGACGAACAAUGGUCUGCAACUGCUGUACCGGUUCUGCAGCAACUGUCCGGAGGAUAAAGCGUACGAUUCACUGUUGUCGCGUAUAUGCGGGAUAAUCAAUCAAUGUCUGGAGAAGAGGGAGCUGCCUGUACCCGAAAUGUCUCCGGCAAGAUUUGUGCUGCCCGAAGCGAACGUCAGGCCGAACAGCGCGGAGAGCGGCAGCGACAUCGACAGUCAGGCCUGCAGCGUCGCUUCCCUCGGAAGACCGUACAGCGACCUUGAUUCUGGAGACGAGGAGGAAAGCCAGAAUUCAAGGACGAACGCGAAGAGUAUUCAUACGUCCGACGAAGUGGACGAGAGCAAAUUCUUCGCUGGUGUGUUCACGUCGCAGAGGACCGAAGAGGAUCUAGCAGAGUAUAACACCUUUUUCAAGGAACUAGGCAACAUACACCUGCAACUCAACACGAAGUCUUCGUCUGACAAGUUGAUCGAUUCCCCCGAGCCUAUGGAAGAGGACAAGCCGAACUCGAAAUACGCCAAAUGGGCCAACAAGACGAAAACGUUCGCGAAAGACUCGGUGAAAGAAGCUAAGAAUCAAUCGACGAAUGCCAGUACAUCGAUAAAAAUCUUCAAAGACAUGUCCUCGAGUCUCACAGAUCAACAGGCUUACUGCAUCGUAGCUAGCAGAGUGAAAAGUGUGAUUCGAUUCGAGAAAGUAGCUUAUCCGGACCUAGUCGGCGGCGACGGUCUGGGAAAUAACGAACCUCUGAACUACAAGGACAGGAAAGUCUGUAGAUCGAAGCUUCUCACGUGUGUAGAACGAGGUCUUCACGGUGGAACCUUGGUGCAAGAGGUGGUCUACGAUCUCGACGCGUUGUCCUCGAACUGUUCUUCCGGCGAGGAGCAAAAUUCGACGGAUAAUCAUCUGUUCAACUGGGACGAGAGUAGAAUAGGGAAGCGUAGCUCCGACAGCAAGCAGUUGCACUUCGAGUCCAGGUUCGAGAGUGGAAAUCUGAGGAAAGUUAUUCAGAUAGGCCUGAGAGAGUACGAUCUGAUCCUCACGCCAGAUGUGAACAGCGGUUCCAGGCAUCAGUGGUUCUAUUUCGAGGUGUCCAACAUGGAGGCGAAUCUGGCUUACACGUUCAACAUCAUCAACUGCGAGAAGGCGAACUCGCAGUUUAAUUUCGGCAUGAAACCGAUCCUCUUCAGCGUCACCGAGGCUCAUCUUGGUAGACCUGGUUGGGUGAGAACAGGAGCUGAGAUCUGCUACUACAGAAACUGUUAUCAGCGACCAGCCAAGGGGAAGAAUUACUUGACCACUUCGUUCACGGUUACCUUCCCUCACGCGUACGAUGUUUGUUACCUGGCGUACCAUUUCCCUUACACUUACAGUCAGAUGAUGACUAACAUUUGGAAGUGGACCAGAAGGGUUCCGCCGAGUACUUAUUUCAGGGCUGAGACCCUCUGUGAGACGUUGAACGGGAACGAAAAUCCUCUCUUGACUAUCACGUCUGUGGACUCUAAGAGCAAUCCUAUACAGAAUCGCAAGGUGAUAUUCCUGACGUCGAGAGUCCAUCCAGGUGAAAGCAACGCUUCCUGGGUGAUGCACGGUACCCUGGAAGCACUAUUGGGCAAUAAUCCGUACAUGGCUAGCUUGAGGGACGAUUACGUGUUCAAGAUCGUGCCAAUGUUGAACAUCGAGGGCGUGGUGAACGGUUGCAAUCGAUACGGUCUGACGAACGAGGACUUGAACAGACGAUGGAGCAACCCGAACCAGGUGCUACAUCCGGUGAUCUACCAUACCAAGGGCUUGAUGGAGUAUUGCACGAGGGUGUUGCAGAGGCCUCCCUACGUUUUCGUCGACUAUCACGGCCAUUCACGGAGGAAGAACGUGUUUCUCUUCGGUUGCUCAAGGUCGGGCUCUUGGAGUGCCGCGGACAGGGCGAAACCGGACCAGCCGGCACAGUAUUUGAUGUUGCCGCACCUCAUGCAAAGAAUAUCCCCGGCGUUCGCGUUGCCACUGUGCUCGUUCAAGGUCGAGAGGAACAAGGAGUCCACGGCCAGGGUAGCCAUAUGGCGGCAGUUAGGUGUUUCGAGAAGCUACACGAUGGAGAGCAGCUUCUGCGGCUGCGAUCAAGGAGACUUGGCUGGCCUGCAUCUGGACACGAAGCAUCUGAACACCAUCGGCCAGGAUUUCUGUCAAGCUUUGUCGAUGAUGAAGGACUGUGGCGAAGACUGGAGUGUAGAUAAGUCAUUGGUGGAGGUCUGUUGUCCGCGAAAAUGCAUUUUACGGAAAACCAAAAUGGUUCCAAAGUGUAUUCAGGACAAACCGGCGGUGCACCAUCUCGCCGCCAUUCCUUAGCGAAUAAUUUAGACGA